UUUAGAACCUUGAGAGUGCAUUGAUUGAGACGUCGUCUGUCGGGGUGUUUUGUGUUUAAGUUUCAUGAAACUGAGUGUCGACAGCGAACAAUUGUCCUUUUUUCUUUGUCUACUUGUUGUGAUUAGGUAUUGGAGACAUAAAAUGGAGUGCUCCAUUGGCGACCCACAACCGUCUAGUUUGCAAUCUCUCUGUCACAUACGAGCAUCAGAAGCAUAUCCCAAAGCUACAUUACAAGUUGAGGACAGUGGAGGUGGAGGGUCAUCUGCAGAGGGUUUGCAACCCCUCAUAGUUCCAUUCUCACCAGUUUGUGGUGAAUCAGUGAGAUACCUCGCUCGAACAGCUGAUGGAGUUCUUGCUUUGUCGAACUAUCGAAUUUUUCUUCUCAUGACUGAUGGAUCCAGUCAUAAUAUACCACUUGGAUUAAUUGAACAAUUAGAGGUCAAAGACAUCUUUUAUCUACAUGUUUUAUGUAAAGACGCACGUUCAGUACGCCUAGUUUUUCUGAGCAAUGAUGUGUGUCUUGAUUGGUUCCGCCGCUUACUGCGGGCUAUUAGUCCCCCAAAGUCUAUCAUUGAAAUCUUUGCAUUUUCAUUUUAUGCCUGGUCCAAAGAGGAAGAAGGGGAAAAAGUCAUUCAGCGCUUAAAAAGACAACCAGAACAGUCAUAUUUUCGGAAAGAGGUGGAAAGACUACAGUUUGACUUGCGCGGAUCAUGGCGCAUUUCAAAAGCAAAUGAAAACGGUGAACUUUGUUCAUCAUACCCUAGAGAAAUACUUGUUCCCUCUUGCAUUGCCGAUGAAAAAUUAAAGAAAGGAGCUGGAUUUAGAAGCUAUGGCCGUGUCCCUGCCGUAGUCUGGAGACACACUGGUAAUGGUGCUGUAUUGGCAAGGUGUUCCCAACCUGAGGUUGGAUGGUUUGGUUAUCGUCUACCAGAGGAUGAAGAACUCUUGAAAGCUAUCGCUGAUGCUUGUGCUCAUGAUCGCCUCCAUAAUGUUACUCUUGAUGCAUCAGCUGGAGGGAAUUCCUUUAUGACUUCUUCAUUAAUACCGUCAAGUCAAGCGGCUGCUCCCGGAGCUCUACCUUUUGCUAAUGGCUUAGUUCAGACUGCCACAGUGUCUUCUACUGUUGUGUCACCUCCAUCUAUGAAUGGUGGUAGUCUGAGUAUGCUAUCUGAUUGUAAUGGCACCAGCUCUAGUGCCUCAAGUUUAAAAGAUUCACUUCCCGAUGAAGUAGAGUUACCACCUCAGGGAAAGAAACUGCUAAUCAUGGAUGCUCGCUCUUACACUACUGCAAUUGCAAAUCGUGCAAGGGGUGGUGGCUGUGAGUGCCCAGAAUAUUAUCCAACAUGUGAAAUUCAAUUCAUGAACUUGGCUAAUAUUCACUCUAUUAGAAAAAGUUUUCACUCUCUCCGUGCUUUAUGUGCCUCAUCAGGAGACAAUCCUAAUUGGUUUAGCUUGUUAGAGGGAACCAGAUGGCUUCAAAAUAUGUCUGGUUUGAUGCGAGCAGCUGUCACAGUAGCUCAAGCAUUGGAUACUGAGGGUAGACCAGUUGUAGUGCAUUGCUCUGAUGGAUGGGACAGAACUCCACAAAUUGUGGCUUUGGCAGAGAUUCUUCUUGAUCCAUACUACCGCACUAUGCAGGGGUUUCAGAUUCUUUGUGAACGGGAAUGGCUUGAUUUUGGUCACAAGUUUGCUGAUCGAUGUGGUAAUGGGAUUGGAGGGGAAGACCACAAUGAACGAUGUCCUGUCUUCUUACAAUGGGUGGAUUGUGUUCAUCAACUAUUAUCCCAGUUUGAGUGUUUGUUUGAAUUUUCUGAAGCGUACCUUGUGAAACUAGUCCAGCACACAUAUUCCAAUCUCUUUGGAACCUUUCUGUGCAAUUCAAAUACUGAUCGAGCCAACUCAAGUAUUGCGGAGGGAACUUUCUCUGUAUGGCAGUUCUUACAGGAUGAUUGUUUCAAAAACAAUUUAUAUCUACCAGAAGAUAGAGUAUUGUGGCCAUCCUGUAAUGUUCGUGAUUUACAUGUAUGGAGUGAACUUUACUUGGGAUCGCCAGAUAGAGCUACAUCUACAUUGUCAGCGGCGCCUGCUCCUGUAAAUACUGUUACAACAACUCACAGUGCUCCUGGCUCAGUUGUGGGCAGUUCAAAUGCAGCACAUAGUGAUGGCAGUGCUACAGAAGACCUUGAAAGCUCAGGUCGUUCAAAUGGGUUUGUGAAAACUCGUUCUUAUGAUGAUAUAAUCACCGCCUGUGAUGAGCGAGAAAGUCAUAGCUCUCUUGUAGACCAGCCAAGGAGAUGUUCUGAUUCUAGUAUUAAUGUGGAUCUAAAAUACACAAAUGGUUCGGUUGGAGGAGACAUUGAUCAAGUGGAUGGAGAAUGUAAUGCAAACAGCCCUAGUGAACAGGUAGAAGAAGAAAACGAUCUUGUUUCAGAACUAUGCAGAGAUGCCAUAGGACUUGAAAUUUCUGAUGCAGUUUCAAGUUUACCUACCACUCAUAUCACUCCAACUGGAUUGUCAAAUGUUAUUACGAAUCAAGAAAUUUUAUCAGGCAGUCAAUGUCGUGAUGAGCAGUCUGAUGAUGAGGAUACUGAAAUAACUGUUACUACUGAAGUGACUGAAACUCUUAAUACAAUGGACAAUAGUGAAACUCAAAAUGAAGUCUCCUCUAAUGCACCUGAUGGAGACUUAUCUGGUCCAAGUAGUUUACCCACUCAACAAAUUUUAAGUGAGAACUCUACUGCAAAGUCAGUUUGGAAAUCUAAAGAUAAUUUACAACCUGGGCAUUCUGUGGAUAGUUCGACUGAUACACUAGUUGCUCCAGAGCAACUUGCUAAUCACUGUGUUCAACCAGCUGCUGGCUCAGCCCCUCCACUUUGUAAUGGUAUUAGUUCCUCUCUCGGUGCGGCCCCUGGUUUGACAGUCAGCACACUUGACAUGCUAGUGCCUGUUGCCAGCACUAAUUCAGUGGGGAGUUUUAAUUCCCAUGCUCCUCAGUCUCUAACAUUCCCCUAUGGAGCAGUUAAUGCAAUGCCUUCAAUACUGGCAAAUGGUGUUACUGAUGGUGAUGUGAUAUCAUCCAGUGGUGGUGACAUGUGCAGGGUUUGUGCUGAUAGCAGAAAAUUUUUAGCAGAUAAUCAUAGGGACCACUCUGGGAGUAGUUCUCGCUACUCAACACCACCUCUCAACAGUCGUACACCAAGUAGUGGUUACCCAGCUACCCCUGCUACUCCCUGUGAAGAUAGAACAAUUUUACCAUCUUCAUUACAAGGUGGUUGUAUUCAGCUGGAUGAUGUAGAUGGACUUGCUGCUCCCCAUAGUGAUGUCCAAAUUAGGUUGCGCCAAAUUAUUGCUGAACAUCAGGCUCGCGUGCAGGAACUGGAAAGAGAUUUACACAUGACAAGAAUGGCAUUAACACAGCAAGUGUGUCAUCAGUGUAACCAUGCACCUCCAGAUCGUAAUGAUGAUGUGCGGUCAUUGCCAGAAUCAGCUUGCUCUGGUGAACCUGCUUCGGCAGGUGAGAGUAUCCCAUCAGAUGUUUCUUGGGAGGCAUUAGAGGAAGUACCCGAUGGAAAUCCAGUCUUAUGGUGGCCUGAUUAUGCAGCAAGUCAUUGUAUGCGGUGCACUCGUGAGUUUAAUGUUGUUCGGCGCAGACAUCAUUGCAGGAAUUGUGGCAAAAUCUUCUGCUCUGAAUGCUCUGAAAAUACCGUGCCCCUUCCAAACAAGCAGGUUUUUGAACCUGUGCGUGUUUGCACAACAUGUUACUCAUUACUGCAUACAGAUACUGUUGAAAAUAUUUCCAACAACAUGAAUACGCGGCGAAGUGGACCUGUUGUUAACGUGAACUCUCAUAUUAUUUCAAAUGGACAUUCCAUGGAUGUACCUGCGGACAUGGCUGAGUCAGCAUUAACAACAUUUGCUCAACAACAUCACACAACCAAUGGCAACAGCUGUACUUAUGCUUCUGUAGCAUCUGGGAGUGCUCACUCAGAUCAGAGAAAUGGUAUGUUGCUACCGGAGGCAUCUAAAGUUGGAAAUCCACAGGCACAAGCACAGCCACGGAAAGCUACAGCGGCUUAUUCCUAGAAUCUGUUGGUUGACUUGAAAAAUUAAAUCCAAAAAGUAGCUUUGUUUCUCCUUGGAAAUGAUACUGUAGAACAAAUGGGUAAAAAUUUCCCAGAGCAACUAUCCAUGCUGAAAUUUUUAUGUUUUCCUUAAGUUUUUUCUUAGCCUUGUAUUUUUAUCCUUUUGCAAUGCAGCAGUUUUUUAUGUGGCCAAACCACAUGCAAAGGAGGCUUUUUUCUCAGCCUUUUGUUGUCUGUUUUAUUUUAUUUAUCCUGUAAUAUCUCUGUUUUGAUUUGCCUUUGAUGAAGUGCUCUGCAAUUCUAUAAAUUACUGACAGAAAUUUGUCUUCUAAAAUUUUACCAAACUUCACAAACUAAGGAUUUUAUGGAAAAGCAUGCUGAUUAGAUAUGCUGUGCUUAAAAUAAUUUUGGGGAAAAAAAUUAUAAAAAUAUAAAGAGAAUUUCUCUUUCUACUCUGUUCAGUUUUUGUUAUAAAUAGCUGCCAAACCUAAAAAAAAAUGUUAAAAGUUCACUAGUAACUUGUUUAAAUAUGUUUUAUUUUUUUGUAAAAAAAUUUUACCCUUGUUAUGUGUUUUUGCAAACCAAUGAGAAGAAAGGAAGUUUACUGAGUGUUCCUGUACAGUUGUGUUAUAUUGAAAAAGCUCUUUAGCUCUUGUGGUAAAUUAAAACAUGCUCAUAAGGAGAUUAUAAAUCUUACCAAUUCUUUUGUCUGUGAUAGAGAAGCAAAGGUCAGCCCUUGGAAUUUGAGAUUGUGUGUUGUUGUACCUUGUAAAUUUUUGGGAAGUACCAUUUUCAUGUAAUUAGUGCUCAUAGAAGGGUAAUAAUGUGUUUCAUUAAGUUGUCUUUCGCUUUGUCAGGGAGGCAUCUUGUCAAACAUAUUAUGUGUAUAAUAUAAUGUGUAAAUAUGUCCAUUUGUAAAUUUGUUAAGAUCUAUCUAUCUAUGCGUGAUUACCUUAGUCCAAAUUGGAAGAUGCAUAUUUGCAGUUAGCCCCUGUAGUCUGUUUGGUCAUGUGUUAUGAUCAGAUGCUAGUCAUGGCAGUUAUAUUUGUAAAUUAUAAAUAGAGCUGUGAAAAAGUAAAUAAAGUGAAAUUUAACCAAGACUUGAGAUUUCUUGCAAGAGUAAAAUAAAAUCAGAGUCGAGUUAAUAUCUCGCUGUUCACAGAACUCUAAGUACAGGAGCAAACAAUUGAACUGUAAGAGAAAUGUCAGGGGUACAUAUAGAAAAUCAAAAAAACUGCAAAAAUCAAAUUUUGGUACUUUGCCUAUUUUUGUACCUGUGCCAUUUUGGUUAUGGAUCAAUGCUCACACUAAGAGAUAUUGUAAGUAUUGUAGAUAGCAAGAGGUGUUAAAGGCAACACUAAUCUUUCAGAUAGCUUUGGGAAUUUUUCCCAAGGUGAGAAGUUUCUUACAUAUGACUGAAAAGUAAUUGCUUGAUCGUUGUGACCAGUAUAAGUACUGUAUGCAUCAUGUAGGAGUUUUACCGAAGAAAAGAAAUGCAUUUGAAGGAUGUUAAUAUUGGUCAAUCAUGUUUUGAAAGUAUUAUUGAAAGUAUAGCUACUUGUUCAAUAUAGUGGGUUAACUCUGGGCUGACCUCUACUUCUCCAUCAUUAUAAACAAAGUUCUCUUAAUGCAGCGGUAUAAGAACUUUUAUGUGAUAUGGUUUGCAAGCAUCUGUGGUGCUCUAUUGGUUGAUGGAAUUUGAAAUGUGAUCAAUUUUGUGUACUAACUUAAAAACCUUAAAAAGAAUUUGCUGUGGUAUUAACAUGCAUUUGGGAGGAAAAUCCUGUAUUCCUUCUACUCAUAAUUAUCUCCCCCCAUCCCCCCUGUAGUCUGUGGAGUGAGCUCUCAAACCCUAACCAUAACCUUGGGUUACAAAUUGGUCUAAACUCUUUGUUUUCAAAGACUGGCUUGGAGCAGGAAGUACUAAAUCACCACAUAUCUGUCAACCAUAAUUGUUAAGAUUUUUCAGUAAUUAAAUAUCUUUUGGGGAAAUGUUUCCCUUCAAUGGAUUCAUCUCUAAAGGCUUUCUCAGCUCUAUUUGACAAGAGACUUGUAGAAAGAAAUUCUUUGUACUGAUAGAAUGUUACUUAAAUGGAAUGCCUAUAAUAGCAAGUUUUGUGGAUUGGUUCUUAUGUUUAGUUUUAUAUUUAUUUUCCCUUACAAAUGAUCUUGUUACUCAUGUUGUUAUCUCUGUCUGUGGGCCAGGCCAUAAAUAUCUGUGUUUUAUGGACGUAUAGACUUCUGGAACUUUCAAAACUUUUAUGACUCCGUGAUUGUUUUGGACUGAUGUAAAGGGCACAUUAAAAUAAUGUUGUCAGGGUACUUGUAACUAUUGUAGGGUCACUCAUAGGAAAGUCUGUUUCAGUUUCUACUUUAGUAUUCUGCCUACAUUCCCCCAAUUUUCCAUAGGUAAGCAAGAAGUUGUGCUAUAUAACCAAUGCAGUAGUUAUACCUUUGGGUUAAAAACAAGUUUUGAAAAUGAUGGAGCUACUGGAAGAGAGUAUGGAUUAUUGUACUCAGGGUGAAAAUUCAUUCAUUGUAAGGGAAUCAUUGUCAUUUACCCUUAUUCUAAUCAUAUAGUGGCUAGCAACAAAAGUGACACACACACAAUCUAAUUUGUUACAACAUUUGUUGCAUCUUGUUUUUCCCAUUUUCUGGUUUAUCAAAACAUUUUUUGGUGCAGAAUAUACUCCAGCAUUUUGCUAUGAUUAUCCAGAACUUACUGUGCUUGCAUUUCCUAAUGUGCCCCUCUCUCUGAUUUUUGAUUCUUCGUAUGAAGUACUGUCCUUGUGAAAAUGAUUUUUGCUUCACUGGGAUUCUAAUUUAUUUCUUAAAAACAAUUGUAGUUUGACUGAUUUUUCACAUUUUCAGUUGUAUGGAAAAAUUGUUAUUCUCUUGUGUGUUACUGUAGGCCUAUUUCCCAGAAAUUAGACCGCAAGCAAUACUGUAUACCUUAUGACCUUGAAAAAAAAAAUGCAGUUUAUAUAUCUCUAGUGCAAGAGCUGUGUGCUUACUGUGGUAUGGGAUCUAAGAGACUGAAGGGGUUGAUAGAUAUGUGGCUUCCAUUCUUGUGCGUAACGUGAGACAGCACUUAGCAUUAUAAUUGAUAUUGUGAAGCCGUGCAUAAUGCACUUCAGGUUGUGUUGCUGUUGUUGUAUUCAGUGAAGCAUGUAUAUUGUACGUAUGAGGAAGAGAUUAUUUAUAAAUGUAGAUAUUGUACUAUCACCUUACAAAUAAACAAACUUACCGGUAAUCUGAAUCAAA